GCUGUGGCAGCAACACGGUGCAUCAGUGUUCUGCCCGCCAACAACACGGAAUAAAAAAUGAGUUUUGCGAAAAGUUUCGCUGCGCUCGCAGCUCUUGCUGCUAUGUGUGCCUCCGUGCCUGUGGAGGAGGGCCCUAUCUUGUCGGAGGCACCGGCCGAGGUCCUGUACUCGUUGUCGGACCCUUCACAGCAACUUAGGUUGCCGUGCAGCGUCACUGGCCGCUCGCAGAAUGUCCAUUUCACAUGGCAGAAGGACGGCAAACCUUUCGACUGGGCUAAACACGGCAACGUCGUUAAAACAGACAACGAAGGGACGAUCGUCUUCUUAAAACCAAAAGACGGCGACGAAGGUCAUUACCAAUGCUUCGCAACAUCCGACGCAGGAGUCGCCAGCACAAGGAUGAUAACAGUUAAAAAAGCCUACAUAAAUGUACCUAAAGUUACCGUCCAGAGACACAAGCCGAUCGAUGGCUCACCUUUCAAAUUAGUCUGUCCCAUCCCUGAAUCUUACCCUAAACCGACAAUCGAAUGGAGAUUGCAGUUAGAAAGUGAUCCUAAAGUAUCGAACGAAGUCGCCAAUGCUCGUUACACUGUUGCACCUGACGGUACUUUGUACAUAUCUAGUGUAGAAAAAUCUGAUACUUACGAUAACUUCAAAUACGUCUGUCUCGCUUCUUCUCCCGCGGUUACGAAGCCGGUUGUCCUCGCCGAACAUUAUAUUGAAGGUCUGGAACCGAACAAGGGACAUGAUUACAGCAAAGUUGUACCACAAUAUUUGAAUCAGAACCAAACGCUGAAAUUCGGCGAGCGUACAUACCUGUUCUGCAUAUUUGGCGGCAAUCCUCUAGCGCAUCCCGAUUGGUUCAAAGACGGACAAGAUGUGAACAACUCGCCACAAGACCGUGUGACCAGGUACAACAAGAGCAAAGGGAAGCGCCUCCUCAUCAGAGAUGUAUGGCUCGCCGACGAGGGCGCCUACGUCUGCAAAGCUGACAAUGAGAAGAGCACACCCAAAGAACACACUUUCUAUGUAACUGUUGUCAGUUCCCCAUCAUUCGACAAGAAACCUCCCACAUAUAUCGCUGCUAAGGAAGGUGAAAAGGUCACUAUACCUUGCUCCGUCUUAGCGGUACCUACAGCUUCGAUAUCCUGGACAUACAACGGCCAUGCUCUCAACAGAAAUGGCGUUACUUUCAACCAAUCUAAUGAAAAUAACCGCACGGUCUCCGAUGUCCAUAUCGCCAGCGUGAAGAAAGCUGACGCUGGGUACUACGGAUGUAACGGAAUUAACCAACAUGGCGAUGUUUACGCUGAAACUUUGUUACGCGUCGCUUAAAAUUCGAUAAAACAUUGGGAGUAAUAAAGCAUUGUAUAAAUA